GCAAAAGAGGCACUUCCGGGAGCAGGCGCCACAUUUCCCCAAAGAAGAAGCGCCGCGGAGGUUUCCGGGAGGAGCAAUGGCUACCUACAGUCUGGCAAAUGAACGACUGCGCGCCCUGGAGGACAUCGAAAGGGAAAUCGGCGCCAUCCUUCAGAACGCAGGGACCGUGAUCCUAGAACUGUCCAAGGAGAAGACCAACGACCGGCUCCUGGACCGGCAGGCGGCGGCCUUCACCGCCUCCGUGCAGCACGUGGAGGCGGAGCUGUCGGCUCAGAUUCGCUACCUCACCCAGGUGGCCACGGGGCAACCCCAUGAGGGCUCCAGCUACUCAUCAAGGAAGGACUGCCAAAUGGCUCUGAAGCGUGUAGAGUAUGCCCGCCUCAAGCUCAGCGAUGUUGCACGAACCUGUGAGCAGAUGUUAGAAAGCUAAACCAAGAACAUGGAUCCAGAGAUGACCUACUCGUACCUUGGGACACAACCUGGAGACCUGUGGGAUGGGGAGCACAGAGUGACACCUGUCCUGCUGGUUUGAGUCAUGCAGGACCAAGGAGCAGAAGGUAGCAAUGGAGAAACUAAAGUCCACGCCUGCGCCUAGUUCUGCCCUGGCCCCUUCAGUACCGUGUUUCUGCUUUCCGUUACUUAAGCUCAAGACAUUGGGCUGCCCAACCCACCUCCUCAUGCAAACCUCUGCCCCCAGAGUCCUUAGCCCAAUGAAGAUAAUAUUCUUCUUUUAUGAUUUUUAGUUUUAAUUUUAAUUUCAUUUUUGUGUGUGGAGUAAGAGUGCAGGCAUACAAGUGCUGUGGACAUGUGGAGAUCAGAGCACAACAUUUCAGGUCGAACCUUGCCUUCUACCUCAUGUGAGGCAGGGUCUGUCUCUCUGGAUCUUGCACUGCUGUUCUUUGCUGCACUGCCCACAAGCUUCUGGGAAAUUCUUUUCUGCCUUCCAUAUCCCUGUUAGCCUGCUGGCAUUACAGAAACCUUCCGUGGCUUCCAGCUUCUUAAGUGGGGUCUGGAGGUCAAGCUUGGGAACUCCCAACUUGAGAGGCAAACACUUUAUUCACUGAACUAUCUCCUCAGGCCCAACAUAAUGUUUUUCUAAUAAGCUGAACAUGAUGGCUCCCUAUUAUCCCAUCACUCGGGAGGAUGAGGCAGUAGGAUCCCUGUGAGUUUGAAACCACCCUGGUCUAUACAGUGAAGUCCAGGUCAUUCUGGAGUACACAGUAAGACACUGUCAAAAAAAAAAAAAAAAAAAGGAAGCCAGGCAUGAUGGC